AUGACUUCAAGGUUGGACCGGCUCCUCCUUUUACUAGAUACCGGCUCUUCUACGUCAGUCAGAAACACUGCUGCCAAGCAGCUGGCCCAAUUAGCGGUAAAAAGUAUUAUAAGCGAUGUCGGUGUAUCUGUUGGGGAGGACGUCAAGAAUAAUCGUCAACAUGUGUCCUUCAGAGAUCCAGGAGCUUGGGGUGAAUUAAUGGCAGUAGUAGCGCGGAUAAUACCAUACCUUCAUUCUAAAUCUCACGAAACUCGAACAGCUGCCUCUGUCGCGCUUUCCCAGGUAUUCUCUUCUACACCGGUCUGGCACCCACUUUCCAACGAUGAAGAUUCGACGAUGCAAACAGACGACUCUUCACUCCCCGCUCCAGAGUUCACCAAUUUCUCUGUAGAAGAGCUUGUUAUACAAGGCAAAUUACUCCUCGCUUCUUCUGGAAAGGAGUUCAUUCGGCCUGCCGUUCUAUCUAGCCCCGCGGAGGUUAAGAAGGCGCGUAAAGAGGCUAUGGGUCGACUCGGCCUUGAAUUCUUGGAUGAUGUCGCUGAAGAAAUGGACUUAGAUAAAGAACUGGGUGCGGAUGUCGAAGAGAACGCAGAUGUUGACAUGGAUAUCAAAGCUGAAGAGCUCACGCCGUCUGGAUCGCCAAUGGAUGUUUGUCCUCCUACAUCCAUUAAGAAGGAAGGAUCUGUUCCAAGUCGUUCUGCCACGCCGGCAGAUCCCUCGACAACACCGACCACCCCUGCUGCUGAAACAGAUCUGGGCUCAAUGUCUGCCAGAGAGAGGAAUCGUUUGAAACGCAAAAGGAAGCCCGGGAAUUCUGCAUUCGUCGCGCCGCAGCCUCCCCCGCAAGCUUCUGGGUCCAAAUAUAAUGCAACUGCAGCAGGAGCUUCAAAGGCGCGACUCGUUACUACCGACGAAAUUCCCACAGGCACGUCUCGCCUCGACAGUCCCUCUUCUGACAAAGUCGUUGUAGAUCCUUCUAAAGGUGGUGCAGUCUCACCGAAGGCUAUCAAAGAGGCGAAGGCUUUAGGUGUCAAACCUGGCGUGUGGAUCUGGGACGGCGUAGUACAGGUCCUCGAAGUUGACCUUUUCAGCGCAGCUUGGGAAGUUAGACAUGGAGCCGCAUUGGCUCUACGCGAGCUCUUAAAAAUUCAAGGCAAAUGCGGAGGAAUGCAAGACAACUCAUCUUGGGAAGAAAACCUCAUGGCGCAUGAAAAAUGGUGCAACGAUUUAUCUGCUAAACUUCUAUGCGUGCUCGUCCUGGAUCGCUUUGGAGACUUCGUGUCUGAUCAGGUAGUUGCACCUGUCCGCGAAAUGAUUUCCCAAACUCUCGCCUCUUUACUCAUUCACAUGCCUCAACGCUCGGUUUUACACGUCCAUUCUAUUCUGCUUCAGAUGAUCCGUCAGCAAUUCUUAAUUCCAGUGCCUACUCUACCUUUACCGAAACUCAAAGGUAGUAGGAAGAAAGAUAGUGCGGAGCAGAAAGUCACCCACAUAUGGGAAAUUCGGCACGCAGGUUUGCUAGGCAUCAAGUACGAAGUUGCUGUCCGGAAUGAUCUAUUCGAUCGUUUACAGGAAGAAGUGAAGCAGGAGAAUGGGUCUAGUGCGGCAACUGGGGUUACUAUCCUUAGCGAUGUUGUCGACGCUGCAGUGUUAGGCCUUGGGGACAAAGACGACGAUGUUCGUGCCGUUGCUGCCUCCUGUUUACUUCCUGUCGCCGGACAUUUGGUAGAACAGUUACCCGAAUCUUUAGAUCGGGUUCUAUUGGUCCUGUGGAGUUGCCUCAGUGAUAUGAAGGACGACUUAAGUUCCAGUGUAGGAGCAGUGAUGGAACUUUUAGGAAAACUUGUAGCAUAUGACAAAGUAAUCGAAAUUCUUGCGAACGAAUCUGUAUCAUUACCUCUUACUACCCUUGCUCCAACAUUAUUCCCCUUUUUUCGACAUACCAUCGCCAACGUUCGUCUUUCCGUUGUAAAAACACUGCAUUCAUUCAUGACUGUAGAGUCACUUCCUCGGGACUGGAUUUCGGUGCCUUUCCUCCGUCUCUUAUAUCAAAACAUGAUUGUCGAAGAACGUUUAGAAAUUCGCGACGCUAGCCUCGAGGCCUGGAAAACGGCAAUCGAAAUCACAUCAGCCAUACCAGGCUGGAUGGAAAGUAAUCUUACUCAACAGCUCAUCCUAGACUGGUAUGCUAUUGUGAUGACGCCUCUGGGUUUACCCAUUGACCCUGUUGCUUUCUACCAUCCUGUACUCGUGGUCGAGGGCGAGUCCCCGCCCGAACGCCACAACGUGGAUAAAAAUAUGCUUGCGCAAGAUUUGUCUCUCAUCACUACCGAGGUGAUCAUGAAAGCUCGCAUAGCGGGCUCAACAGCUCUUGCUCUGUUGAUCACGUACUGGCCUACAAGCACCACAUCGAUGGAGGAAGUCUUCCAACCGAUACUGCUACACUACAUUGAUUCUACGAGCAUGCUACAGAAGGUUCUUUCUGCUAUAAUAUCAGAAGAAUGGGCGCGGGAACAUUCGUCUCGAGUUCAAACCGAUUCUCCUCUUCUAAUCGACUCCUCCCACCUUGCGAAGGAAAUUAGCUCCAGGACGCUUGCUUGGCUGCAAGGAAAUCCUCCUGCAGCGUACCAUGAAAUGGCGUUUGCGCUCGCUCGCAUCCACGUUGAUUCGGUUUCUCUUCUUCAUUCGUUCGCUACGGACUGCAAGCUUCCUAUCUCCUCUAUACCGUUCCUUGGUACAGAAAUCGAUAUCACAGGCAUCAAUCCAGACCGUUUUACCAUUGAGACGGCCCAGGAAGCUAUCGGCCCACGUUAUAAUCAACUGAAGGGAAUGCUGGGUCGGACAAAGAAACGUGAACUUGCCGUUAUCGAGGAAAAGCGGACUGUUGUUUCGGCUAGCAUCGAUCGAUAUCUCGAAGUGAAGAAUCAGCACGAGAUCAGAGUCGCGGCUGCGUUUGCCGCUGCUUUUGUGGCGCUUCGUAGUACACCCGACAAGGUUAGCCCAGUCGUGAAGGGUAUUAUGAAUGGAAUCAAGAAUGAAGAGAAUAUUGAUCUUCAAAGCCGUUCAGCCGUAGCCGUAGCAGCAUUUAUCGAGUUCUGUUCUAUUCAUCAGAUUUCUCAACCACCGGACAAGAUUGUCAAGAAUCUCUGUACUUUCCUGUGCCAGGACGUCGAGCAGACACCCACUUUUGCAUAUACACGUAAGGUCCUCGAUGGCAUCCUCUCGUUCCAUAAAGUCGGAAAAGUCUCUCCAGCCAAGAAUCUGAAAGAAAAGGAGAAGUCCGAACUCCCCAUUGAAGAGACGGGUCAAAGUCCAUUGUCUCGUCGCGGUGCUGGCCUUGCCUUUGACGAACUUUCCUCCAAGUUUGGAGGUCGAUUGCUCGAUGCUAUACCCAACAUGUGGCAAUCGAUGGCCGGAGGCUUGCUGAGUGCAUUCCAGUCAGCUAAUCCUAAAGAGUGCGACGCGAGUAUGGAGAAACAUUUUGGUCAAGAUGUCAUUGAUUCGCUCAGUGUACUUGAGGCAGCCGUGCCGACAUUCCACCCCGAACUAUGGCCAAAGAUUGCGGAGACCUUUCCCAUGAUGCAUCUGGCCUUGCAGAGUAAAUUUGCAAUCAUACGUCAAUGCGCCGCGAGGUGUUUUGCUACCAUCUGCGAAGUGAUAACCGCAGACGCUAUGCGUUUUGUCAUCGAGCAGGUGGUGCCUACAAUCGGCGACUCUCUGAUUUUGGCAAACCGACAAGGCGCCACUGAACUCAUCUAUCACAUUGUGCAAAAGUUGGAUAUCAAAGCUCUUCCGUAUGUUAUCUUCUUGGUGAUUCCUGUCCUUGGGCGAAUGAGCGACGCCAAUGAAGAUGUUCGCGCUACGGCAACCAACACCUUCGCGUCUCUGGUGAAGAUGAUCCCUCUUGAGGCUGGUUUGCCGGACCCUCCUGGCUUUCCAGAAGAGCUUCUGAAACGUCGAGAAGAAGAACGUCAGUUUCUGACUCAAUUGCUUGAUGGCAAUAAGGUCGAACAGUACACCAUUCCGGUGGCCAUCAACGCUGAACUACGCAAGUAUCAACAAGACGGUGUUAAUUGGCUCGCAUUUCUUGCUAAAUAUCAGCUUCAUGGUAUUCUAUGUGACGACAUGGGACUGGGAAAAACACUCCAAUCGAUAUGUAUCCUUUCUAGCAAACACUUUGAAAGAGCCGAACGAUACAAGGAAACCAAGUCACCCGACGCUGUCCAUCUUCCCUCUUUAAUCAUAUGCCCUCCGACUCUGACCGGUCAUUGGUACUAUGAGAUUUUGAAGUAUGCCGAGAAUCUCAAGCCCGUUCUGUAUACCGGGAACGCUCGAGAGCGAGCGAAGCUAAUUCCGAAAUUCAAAACAUUUGACGUUGUAGUCACCUCUUAUGAGGUGGUUCGUAAUGACAUCAGUAACCUGGAGUCGAUGCGUUGGCUGUACUGCAUUCUAGACGAGGGCCAUGUUAUUAAGAAUGCGAAGACGAAAUUGACAAAGGCCGUCAAGUCGGUUCAGGCUCAGCAUCGUCUUAUACUGUCCGGGACUCCUAUACAAAACAAUGUCCUGGAACUGUGGAGCUUGUUCGAUUUUCUUAUGCCUGGUUUCUUGGGAACCGAAUCAUCAUUUAACGAGCGCUUUAGUAAACCAAUAUUGUCCAAUCGUGAUGGAAAAUCCAAAAAUGGCGAAGCUGCUGCGCUAGCACUUGAAGCCCUUCAUAAGCAAGUAUUGCCGUUCUUGCUUCGUCGGCUCAAGGAAGAUGUCCUUAACGAUCUCCCGCCAAAGAUCAUACAAGAUUAUUAUUGUGAUCUCUCAGAAUUACAAAAGCACCUUUAUGACAAUUUCUCCAAAUCUUCUGGGCGUCAAGAUGCCGAAGCUGCUGUUCAGAAGACGACCUCUUCGUCCUCAUCAUCUUCCAAUAAGGAGGGGGGUCAGCAGCACAUAUUUCAGUCGCUGCAGUACCUCCGGAAGCUUUGCAAUCAUCCUGCGUUGGUGUUGAAAGAUCCGGAAGAUAUAAACACAGCCUUGGAAAAAUUCGGGAAGAAAACGGAAGGAUUAUCAGAUAUUCAACAUGCUCCCAAACUUCUUGCCUUACGGCAAUUGCUUUUGGAUUGCGGCAUAGGUGGUGGCAGCGCUCCCACGUCAGAUCAAAGCAAGAGUGAACUAAUAGAUACCAAUCCUGACGCGGACGGCACCAGUAGCACCUUCUCACAGCAUCGCGUCCUCAUCUUUUGUCAAAUGAAACAAAUGCUGGAUAUUAUCGAAACCGACCUUUUUAAGGUCCAUAUGCCGUCGGUGACAUACAUGCGACUCGAUGGGGGUACUGACACCAGUAAACGACACGCGGUGGUACAAACGUUCAACUCAGAUCCUAGUAUCGACGUUUUGCUGCUCACGACACAUGUGGGCGGUCUGGGCUUGACUUUGACUGGGGCCGACACGGUUAUCUUUGUCGAACACGAUUGGAAUCCAAUGAAAGAUCUUCAGGCGAUGGACCGUGCGCAUCGUAUCGGUCAAAAGAAGGUUGUAAAUGUGUAUCGAUUGAUCACAAAGGGUACUCUGGAAGAAAAGAUUAUGGGCCUUCAACGAUUCAAACUGAACAUUGCCAAUUCGAUCGUCACGCAACAGAAUUCGGGUCUUUCGUCGAUGGACACUGAUUUAGUGCUAGACCUUUUCCGACGUACGUCAGAAGAGGAAGAUGCUGCUGCGGCAGCUAAGAAGAAGAAGGCGAGAGAGGGACACGGACCCGUCAGUCAGCAGAACAUAUUACAUGGGUUAGAGGAUCUGCCUCCAGAAGAGGAAUAUCAAGAUUUGGAUAUGUCAAAGUUCCUGGGAUCUAUUGGAAAGUAG